GAGAAAUUUGUAGAAUUUUAUAUAAUAUAAGUAACAUACAAUCGUAAACAGAUAUUUAUGAAGUGCAGAUACAAAUAAACAAGAAUUUAACAGUUAAUUCGUUAUCAUAUAUUUAUAGUCAUGUUUCAGAAUCAGGUGGUAUUGACGCGCGAGCGUCGUCGCUUUGGCCGCCAAUGCGUCUUCGAGGAUCGCAACGAGCUAAUGGUCAGCGUACAUCCGAGCAGUCGUCUGCGCCUCAAAUAUAUCAUGGGUAAUCCGCAGACACGUGGCAUGCAGCUAAGCUCCGUGAUGGCAUUGAGUGAGGUGGAAACGGAGAAUGCAACCUACGAUGAGCAUGGUAUGUUUCAUUAUGAGGGCGGCUGGCCCAAGGAGGUGAACAUGAACGACGAGGAGCAAACGCUGCGUCAUCGCAAGAAGGUCGAACGUGAUGAUGCUUGGGGCGAUGAGGUCAAGGAGCUCAUUAGGACCACAAUGAAUACAGCUCGCCAAAACAAUGCCAUUAACAUAUAUGAUCAUUUCUUUGAUGAUCUGCCACACGAUAUGGGUCGCACCAUUUGCAUGCCCUUCAAGUCACGCACCAUCAACAUUAUUCACGACAUGUGGCAGCCACAGCGUCACAUGGCCGUGAUCAAUUGGAUGCCGAAUGAAAACAGACAGAUCAUGACCCAGUAUAGCAAUCUGUAUACAUUGAGAGGCGAGAACCGUCGCAUGGUCACCAAUGAUGAUAGCAAUGGCAGCACCAAUGCCUUCUACGUCUGGGAUGUUAAGAACCCCAUUAAGCCCUUGUAUUACUAUGACAGCCCGGAGGUUAUAUCGUGCGCCAAGAUCUGUCCCAAGGAGGAGAACAAUAUGGCAGCUGGCACAUAUACGGGCAAGGUCUGCAUUUGGGAGACCUUCGAGAGUGGCAUGUGCAUCAGUACGUGCCCCAUGGAGGCGGCACAUCGUGAGCAAACUUCUUCCCUGACUUGGGUGUAUUCCAAAUCGAAUACAGAAUUCUACUCGGCCUCUUUGGAUGGUUCGAUCAAGUUCUGGGACAUUCGAGAUCUCAAGAUGCCAGCCAAUGAGAUCGUUCUCGAACCGUAUACGCGCAAUCGUCAAAACCGUCAGAAUGCUCACGGCUGCACAGUUCUGGAGUUUGAAUAUACCAUUCCGGUUCGUUUUAUAGCUGGCACCGACAUGGGCAGCGUUUUCGUGGGCAAUCGCAAGGGUCUGAAUCCCGUCGAGAUGCUCGUCGGUAGUUUCAUGAUCUGUGCCGGGCCGAUUCGCACGAUCCAUCGCAAUCCGUUCUUCGUGAAGAAUUUCGUCAUUGUCGGGGACUGGCGUGCGCGCAUCUGGUGCGAGGAGGUCAAGAAUCGUCCGAGUACCAUGUACGUGAAGAAGCGCUCGCAGCUAAUGUGCGGCGCCUGGAGCAGUGGACGCGCCUCCUUGUUUGUCACUGGGGACAUUGAUGGCGUUGUUGACUUUUGGGACUUCCUAUUGAGCCAACGCAAGCCCAUCUAUAGCAUCAAUUUCCGUUCAACCAUCACGGCCGUUGUCUUUCAGCCGGGCGGGCAGCAUUUGGCCAUUUCGCUGGCGAAUGGCGAUACGCAUAUCAUGAAUCUGGACGAGGCCAUGAAGAAGACCACCAGCAAGGAGAAGGCACUCAUGGCGGCAAUGUUCGAGCGGGAGAUUACACGCAGCAAGCUGCUGGAGGCGCGCGUUGAUGAGAUCAAGCUGCGUCGUCGCACACUCAUUAUGGAGGAGGAGGAACGCCAGUCGAAGGCCGCCGCCAUCGUUGAGGAAGCACCGCCAGUGGUGCCCGACCUAGAGCUGGAUCCCGACAAUCCCGAUCAGUUCAUCAAGAUGAUCGAGUCCGACGAACAGUUUCGCGUGGCUCUGGCCACGUUCCACGAGACCCUCGAGGCUGUCGAUCGCAAGCGGGCCGCCGAAAAGAAAGUCAUGGAGCGUACCGACUUCGAGCAGCUCUACUUGGACAAUCUGGCCGAGCAGGCCAAGCUCGAGGAGGCACGCAAGAAACGUCCCGGCUCCAUAACCUCCAAGGAGGCCAGAGAAAUGCGCGCGGCCAAGGCCAAGGCCAAGGCAGCAGCGGCCAAAGCAGCAGCAGCCAAAGGCAAAAAAUAAUCCACUAAAUCUCUGUUCUCUCUGUUCGC